AUGGCAGCAGCAAGCAGCCUGCCUCUGCUGCAUGCAGCCGAGCCAAAGCGUGUUACGGUAUGUCCCGGGGCGGGAGACGAAAAGGUGCUGAAACUUGACGGUGAGGAAGUGGUGCUGCUUGGGGGCAACUACGUUUUGAAGACGCAGCCCUACUUCCCACCCAAAGAAGUCGUGCUUGCCAAUGCCAAGCAGAUGGCCGAUGGGUUGAAAGCUUCCGGCUACACUCCCAAGCCUGCUUCAGACGGGGCUCCUCGGACUGCACGGCCGUGCGUUCGCUUGGGCUGCAUGUGGGAGGGUGCAAUGCCCAAUUCUGCCGGCCCAGUGGACCCCACAUGGGCUGCGAACCUCAAGACCACCAUCGAAGCGUUCGCUGAACACGGGGUUUACGUCUUCCUGGAUGUGCACAUGGAUGCCUUCUCCACGACGAACGGUGGCGAUGGUUUGCCUUGGUGGGUCGGGAGCCACAUGCAGAGCAACGUGACGCGUGAAAGUGCCAGUGGCAACUGCUGUUGCUGCACUACACCAUCCUACAUCACCAACCCGCAGAAUCCCAUGACAAUUGUUUGUCCUAGCUGGUUGGCAUGCUGCUGCAACAUCCGGGGUGUUCAGACACAGGGCGAUGAUCCCUGGGCGGCAUACGCCGUCGGGACAGACCUUGGGAACCCGGCCUCCAUGAAUGUGGGGAACCUCAGCAUGAGAUUGAACAACAACGACAGCGCCUGGCAAGCUGGCACGCUGGUUUGGGUCACGCAGGUGCACAACUAUGCCGCACGGUUCUACCAGUGCGGUUCGGGAGCAGAUCGGCAGGCACUCUUCGAGCCCUAUCUGCAGUUUCUUCGUUUCCUUUGUGGGAUAUGGGAGCAGCACUGGAACGUGGCUGGGUUGCUGUUCAGGAACUUAACUUAA